GGAAUGCGGCGGGCCGGGCCGGGCCGGGCCGAGUCGGGCGAGGACAGCGCACCUCCGUGGCAGCGGCUGCGCCCGGCCCCAGCCCCGCGCCGGCAGGAGCCUCGUGCCGCGCGCGAAGCAGAGGCGCGAUGCGGAGGCCGCCGCCGGCAGCGCUGUGGCAAGCGGAGGGAGCCUCGCGGGCGCCUUGCGACGCGGUCUCAGGAAAGGCGGUGCGCGGUCUCCAGGGCGCGCUGGGGCCACCGAGGUACCUGUGUCAGGAUCAUCUUUUCUUCCUGGAUCCUGACAGAGUAUUACCUGCUGUGUUCAAUGGGACGACAAAUACACUUUGUGGUUGACCCUCAGGGUUGGUGUUGUAUGGGCUUGAUUAUCUUGGUCUGGCUGUACAAUACAAUCUUCAUUCCAAAAGUCAUCCUUUUUCCUCACUAUGAUGAGGGGCAUAUUUCAGUUGUGGCAAUUUUGUGUUAUUACUUCUGCUCGUUGUUUUGUAUAGCUUCAUUACUAAGAGCCUCAGUAGCUGAUCCAGGAAAGCUACCUGAAAACCCAGAGAUACCGGUUACAGUAGAACGUGAAUAUUGGGAAUUAUGUAACAAAUGCAAUAUGAUGAGGCCAAAGCGUUCACACCACUGCAGUCGUUGUGGACAUUGCGUGAGAAGGAUGGAUCACCACUGUCCAUGGAUUAAUAAUUGUGUUGGUGAAGACAAUCAUUGGCUGUUUUUACAGCUGUGUUUCUACACUCAGAUCCUUAGUUCCUAUACACUGAUUCUUGAUUUCUGCCAUUACUACUACUUUUUGCCUCUGAAAAAAGAAAACUGGGAUGUUUUUGUGUUUAGACAUGAACUUGCUCUCCUAAGAAUAUCUGCCUUAAUGGGUCUAAUAAUAUUAGGUGGAAUAAGCGGACUGUUUUACGCUCAGCUAAUGGGUAUUUUCACUGACACGACAAGUAUAGAAAAAAUGUCAAACUGUUGUGAAGACAUAUCAAGGCCCCGAAAGCCAUGGCAGCAGACCUUCUCAGAAGUUUUUGGCACUCACUGGAAGAUCCUGUGGUUUAUUCCUUUCAGGCAGAGACAACCGCUGCGAGUUCCCUACCACUUUGCCAAUCAUGUCUAAACAGAUGGAUGGUGGGCACAGAUGGGUCCUCUAUGCUGGAAGUGCGUUACAGGUUUUAUGAUAAUAGGACUAUGACAGUCUUCAAGUCAAUUAAAAUCCUCCCACCAAUCACAAGUAUCACUAUGUGCCCCAGGCUUUAUUUUACGAGUGGUCUCGAUUCUGUUCUGACAUUAAUGCAAGUUGUACAUUUAAUUUAAGGCAUAUUUACCUUCAAAUUAGCUUUCCAGAGGGAUUUAUUUAAUCUUUGAGGUUAAUACCAAAACUAGGUGACUGAAAUGCAGUCUUACUCUCUUUGUUUGGUACUAGCUCUUUUGACUUUUUUUUUUUUGGUAGGAAACACUGAAGUUUACAUUUUUACACUAUCUUACUCUUCCUUGAAAUUGUUUUGUGUGUAUUUUUAUCAGUAGAUCUGUCUAGAUAAUAUUCAUGUAUUUUUUUGUGCUACAUUUCUUUAAAAUUCCCAGAAUCUGCCAUUUAUUUUAUGAUAUACAGUAGCAGUUGUGCGGCAUUGUACUAUAAAAGGUAACACUUAAAACUGAGGCAGACUUCUUCCUAAACCUUUCUCGGAGAGGUUUUUAUAUAUACACAUAAAUACAGUGUUUAUAUAGAGAGAUCUUACACUUGUAUUUCAUUAUCUUAAUGGAAAAUAUUUGUGUCUUUAUGUCAACAAAAGUGAUGAAACAUUCCAGGGUAAAAUAUGCGGAUAUGGAGGUUUUCAGUGUAUCCCAAGUGUUUCUUUGCAAUAAUUCAACAAAGAAGCUGUGUAUUACAGAUACUAUAAUUAUCACUUUUUGAAAAUGCAAACUUAAUCAGUUAGCAAAAUGUACCAUAAAGAAGAGUAUAUUGUCAAUAAAGUAAAAAAAUAUUUCCUUUUGUCUAGUGAUAAGUAGCUGAAAUUGGUCUAACUGUGUAUUGGAAAUAUAUGUGAAAAUAUUUAAAAAUAUUUAUACAUAAAUACAGAUAUUUGCUACUAACGUGUAUAGUGAAGUAUGUUAAUGCAUUUAACAGAGUACUAUGUUGAUGUACCACAGCCUUUUGUGGGCCCUUUAUGUUAACCAAAGAAAGCAUCCUUAAGAUUGCAUAUGGUAAAAUGACAAUUCCCAGUGUACUGGUUCAGUUUAGCUGUACCUGGAAGAAAGAUAUCUUUUGUUAUAGCCCUCUAUAUCUAUACAGAUAUCAGCCUGAGAUGAAUUUUGAAAGUUCUGUGACUUUUUAUGAGAAAUUCAGAGCUUCAGUGUCUUCAGUUAUGCUGCCCUGCUGUGUUUGUUGUCUAGUCUAACCAGAUGAAGGUACACCUUAAAUGAGAGUCAUGCAGCAAGAUAACGAAGGGCACAAAAUCCAGAUGGAAUAUAUGUAGACAGUGUUUUGAGAGAGUCAUUGUUCAUUUGUGAACAGUAUAUUCAAAAGGAAGGGCUAGAUUUGUUAUGAGUGGUAUGCACACUGAAUUUUUACAUCAGCUCUUUUAAAAUCUUAACAGUCAUUGCUAAUGUUUUAUGUUCCUUUGUUAACAGAUUUGAUGAGCCAUUGAAAGUUCAAAAAGCUGCAUCUUAAAAAUCACUUGGUUUUCAAAUGGAUGUAAACAUUUGAACCAACUUUACUUUUAAAAAUGGAUGGAAUAUUUGCUUCAUUUACAUUUCAAGACUAAUGUUCAACCAUUUCUUUCAUGGCAUUUUCUAGAAGUGAGUUUAGACUUUCAGGUGGUAUUGACAGCAAUAUUUAAACAAAGAGAAGCUUGAGUAGGAUGCAUGGAAAGACUGUAGCAGUGCCUAAAAUUAGAAAAAAAAUACACAUGUACAUUAUAAAGUAACAAUUGUAUUCUCUCUUUUUUUUUAAGGAAUUUAACUAUUAUAAUCUCUGUGAAACAUACGGGGGAAUAAUAGCAGUUUUGUUUUACAUGCCAGUAUAUAAAUCUGUUUCAUGAGCAAAACAUAGUAAGUUUAUUAAAAUUCUUUCAUGCUAAUUAAUUCUAAUAGCAGAUCACACAGUUCUGAAGCUUAUUAAGAAAGAGGCUCAAGAAUGUAACUGUUCUUGAUACAAUCAUUAUGGAGGCAUAGAAUUACUCUGUUUGCUAGUAUCAUUGUUUCUACUAAUUUAAUCAUGCAUGGAAAACCAUGUCUGUAAUACAGAAUCUACUUGACAGUCAGAACUUUAGUUAUUAAUUUAAUGCAUUUAAUUUUUGGACAUGAUAAAGUAACAAGACUGUUAAGUUCCUGCUUUGUUGGGAUGAAAGUCCACAAAUAGCCCAAAUGUCAUGAGUUUUAUUCCAGUAGUCUCAAAGUAGCAAACAUAAGAAGCCAGCACUGAGGUGGCACAGGUGGGGAUUAACUGUGGCCUGCAGGUACAGAAACCCACAUCUUGUGGGAAUCUUGCACGGGAAUGGUGGGCUCUUGGCCUGCAGUGGGCCUGGCUGCCCAUGUCGCUAUGGCACAGCAGGUAUUGGGAGCAGAGGCUGUGUGAUUUCUUUGGGCCUGGAAGUGCAGAAUAGCAGCUUCAUCCAGAAAAUCUUUGGAAGUGUUCGACUUUCCUUUCAACCAAUUAUAAAUUUAAAAUAAGAAAUCUAUAAAUUCUAAGAUACUUAAAUCACCAGAAGAACCUUGAGGCUGAAGUAUCCAGUAUACAUUUAAGUAAAUGAUGUAAUUGAAAAUCUUGCCUGACUCAAAUGCAAAUGGUGACUUCACAGAUUCACAUUUUCUCAAAUUAUUUUAUAUUGUUGAAUUUUUUUUGUAAAUACAUUUUUUUCUCAGUCUCCCAUCCAUCCUUAACAUUAGGAAUCAAUAUGUAAUAUGAUUAAUGUAGCUACUUAAUUUUUUAAAAUCCCAUUUUUGUGUAUGUGGAGGAGAGAAGGGUAAGUUUGCAGAGAGUUACUGAGUUACUGGGCUCUUUUGAAUGACAAAUCUCUGAAAGCAUGAAAGCAAUAAAAAAUAUUUUUUCAGAUUUCAGCCAAUGACCCUAUCAUGUUGUUAACUUAUUAGAGUGAUGUUUCUGAAACUGAUUCUCAGAAAGAGUUGUUAUAUCAGGAAAAGAGCAGGUAGACUUUUAAUAUCUAAUUUGAAAUCCUUUAAACCUUGAAAUCCUUUGAUUCUUUACAUUGAAAUCACACUUCUUUCCCUCCAGCUCUGCUUCAUGAUUCUUUUUAUCUUAGUAGAAGCUGCAUGAUUAAGACUAAUUAGUCCUUGGUAUCAUUAUUAAUUUAAAAAAUCUGAUACGAUAUUAAUGAAUUUCAUCCUAACAUAACAUCAGAACUACACACACUUUAUUGAGCACAGCAGAUAUUAGCUAUGAACUUGACAACAUUUGAUUUCCUGAGGAGAACAAAGAGAAGUCAAGGCACUAAUAAAAAUCAAAGUCAAAACGUUUGAACAUAACUGUUGAUUUGCAGUAUGGGGUAGCGCCUGGUAAGGCUGAACGACACUGUCUUCUCAUAAUAUCAGAGAUCUGAGAUUUAAUUUGAUUGAAUUUGAUGUCUAAAAUGAAAGAUUCUGCUUUAAAUAAUAUUUACCAACCUGUCUUAUCUCUUCGUUUGAAGGACAGGUUUCACUGAGCAGCUGGCAGUUAAGACACAAUAAUUUUCAGUCUUGAGGGCAAUUCACAAGUAAGAAACUAUCUAAGAACAGAAAGCACAGUGUAAAUGGAGAAGAGGUCAAAAGAGUGGUCUUUUUUUUUUUUUUCCUACCAAACCUUACCCAAAGAACUGAGAUCACAAAGAGUGGGAGUUAGAGUUAAAUACACAUGCCAUCAUUAUAUGAUGUCUUUCAAUGUUCAUCUUACAGUUGUCCAGUUUUAUUCAGUAAAUGAUACUUCAGAAAAAUGAUGAAUUAUGCUUUAUUUCCUGCUGUAGCAGGCCAUUUAAUGCCAGUGUAACGAAUGUAGAUGUCAAAGACAGCAUUUCUGCAGUACUGUGAAAGAGAAUCUUUCUCAGGUCAACUUUACAUUCAGCUGAAACAUCAUAAUGGGUUUUCUAGUAACCUGGAAUUGUUACUUAACAUAAGCUACUUUUUUCGUAAUGCCUUAUUUACUGCAUUUAGCUAGCCCUCCUCACAGCAGUACCUCACUUACAGCAGAGUGUUUCUGUUACAUAUUUGGGGAUGCUAUCACUUAUAUGUGUUAUUUAACUUGUCCAUCUCCAUCCUCUGUCUUUACCACACACUCAGUCUUGCUGCAGCUCACAAAUAAGAGGCUAACUUAGGUUUGUUGGAACAACCACAUCACAAAGACAAAAUCUAUUGACUGACUCUUGUCAGUAUCCCAGCUGGAAACACCAAUGCAUUCCUUAAAAAUCUUUCCUUUGAUGAUGGAAUCUUGAUCUUUCUGGACAGAAAUUGUUGCUUAUUCUACAUGUAUUACCAUCAGUAGUACUGUAUUAGCACUUCUCAACUAGUCCUAAAAUAAAAGCUAAGUGUACUUUCAGAAGAAUAAGAGUUGCGUGAAACAAUGUGCAUUUUAAUUAGUACCACCAAAUACUUCUCAUUCAGUCAUGUACUUCUACAAUGUGUGCAAACAUAAUAAAUUGGAUUUUUUUGCAUUGUAUGUAUAGGGAAUACACUUUCAUUCAUUAUCUUAUAACCAAAUGGAAGGUAACAGUCAGAAGACAAAGGUACUGUUUUGGUUUUUGCACUUCAAGAAAUGGAUAGCUUUUGUUUAGCCACAGAAUGUCAUACCUGAUGUUUAAGUUUGUGGACAAAGGUUUUAGUUGAAUGAUGAGAUCCAACUGAGCAAUCGUAGCUGUCCAGCAGCAUCAAUAAGCAUAAAUGGGUUUGUAUGUGCAUAUCACAAGCCCAAUGUAUACACUUCUCAGAGCCUGUCCUUUCUCAGUCAGAACAGAUAAAGGAAGACGAACUGAUGUCUUCUACCUGGACAUUUGGAGAAAGCAUUUGACUCUGUCCUACACGGCACCUUUGACUCUGAAUUUGAAAAACACGGAUUUGACAGAUGAACCACUUGAUGGAUAAGAAAUCAGCUGGCUGGUUGCACUCAAAGAGUUGCGGUCAAAGGCUCAGUGCCCAAGUGGAGACCAGUGAUAAGUGACAUUCCUCAGGGUCAGUGCUGGGACUGGCACUGUUUAACAGCUUUGUCAGUGAUGUGGGCAGUGCUUUUGAGUGCACCCUCAGCAAGUUUGCUGAUGACGUCAAGCUGUGUGGUCAAUAGGAGAGACCUUGACAGGCUUGAGAACUGGGCCCAUGUGAGCCUAACUGAAGUUCGACAAGACCAAGUUCAAGGUCCUGCAUAUGUGUCAAGACAGUACCAAGCCCAAAUACAAGCUGGGCAAACAAUGGAUUUUGAGCAACCCUUAGGCUUUGUGAUGUCCUAAUUAGUGUGAAUCCUUGAACGACCUUUGAAACAAGAAAUCCCAGAUCUCUGGAAGCUUACUUUGCACUUUGUUUUAAGAAAAUUACUUGUUUGGCUAACUUUUUCUGCUGAGUGGUGGAUUCUUGACAUUAAUGACAUGAUAUUUGUGUUUGAAAAAGAGGGAGACAGAUUGAAAAGUAACCUCCGUUGGUGACUCAGAGUUUGAAGCUGCAGGUAGUAUCUCCCAUAAAAUGAGUAUGAUAAUGACUUUUCUUUCAGCUCUGGAUCUUUUGUCCAAAAUAUUUGCUGCUUGACACUCAGUCUGCAUUGUAGGAAGGUUCGUGUAAAUUAGAAUAUUUUUAAGAAGCAUUUCCUUGGCCUAGGAAGAAAUUCUGCCUGUGAGCAAUUACCAUUGUUGUACUUGAGUCUCAGUUACCCCGACAAAAUCAUUUCCAUUGCCAUGAAUUCUCUACCAUAGCAAAGUUACUACUUUGAAUGAAUUCUGUUCAUUCUUUUGCUCAUUUUCAACUUUAAUGCUUCCUUUUCUGUCUUCUCACUGAACAAACAGCAGCAUGGAAUAGUCCUACCUGCAGUCACGUUCAUAUCAUCAUGGCCAGAAUAGACACUGUGGUAGAGUAGCCUGGAAAGCUGUGGAGUUGUCACACCUCUUCAUGGGUUUUGAACAAAUGAUGCUUUUUUUUUUUUUCUGUAAUAAAUUUUUCUGUAAUAAAGCACAGCUGGAGCUUUUCAUAACCUUAAGCAUCAUUUUGCAUAUAAUAAAGUUGUUAUUACUUUGUCGGUGCCUGAGUCAGUAUCUCUUGACCAAAGCUAGUACAUGCAAUGUUCUGGUGCUGCCACAGGUGUAUUUAGGAGAUGAAGAUCCAUGGGCUGUUGUAUCAAAAAAUGACUUUUAAAAAUUGAUCUGCUUGAGAGACUUGAUUUUUCACAUACUUGGAAUUGUAAGAAUAAAUCUGAUCUCCUAUGCAUCAGUCUUUAUAACUAUAUAUGAUCCUAGGGAUUGCUUUUGUGAAGAAUCAGUACUUCUAAAAACAGUGUAACUGUUUCUGUGACGUACCAUGUGACUGAAUACUUCAGGAAGCAUUAUUUAAAAUAUUUUUGUACUACUUGCUCAGUGACUGUGUAUUUGAACUUCAGAAUUCACUGAAGUACUUCUGUCUGUGAGCUGUGUUAAGCCUAGGACUUCAGUUCUGAAAUUGCUCAAUGGCAUCUUGUGUCUUGCCAAACUAGGUGUUGCAACAAGGGCCAUCUCAUUGUCUCCUGUAUUUAUAACAGUAAGAAUAAUUCAGAUUUAUGAUGGAUCAUGUACUUUUUGAGUUAAAAAAAUAUGAAACUUAAAUAUAAGUUACUGUGUCUUUCUAUGCACAUUCCCAAGACUGAUAUUCUGUAGAUCACAGUGUAAUUUGUAGAUAGAAGGCUGUCUCUUCUAUAGACAGAAACUCUCUCUGUAACAGCUUCAAUCUAAGUGACAAGUAGCAAAAUUGAACUGAUUUUUGUAAAUUAGCAUUCUGAAUUUUGUAGUUUACACAUGGGCAUAUGAACAGGUUUUACUAAUUUGUUCUAUGAUCUUGACUGGUUUCAAACAAUACUGGGCAUGGUUUAUGCUGAACUUGAAGAAGAUUAUGUGGUCUAACACUGAUUGUACCUGAAUGGGUAAUGUGUGAAGUAAAUGGUUGAAUAAUAUCAAAACAUGAAAACGAACUCUGGUAUUCUUUUAAUCAAAUCUAGAAGUCUAAGAGUAUAUCCAGCUGAAAAACAAUGUAUUGCCUUUUAUUUCUCUUUAUUAAUGUAAUGUUUAUGUUUUUU